CGACCGACGCAGUUAAAUCUUAUCUCUGCGCUUGAAAUGAAUUCUGGGGAUUCCCCAAUUCCUAGUUGACUCAAAAUCUGUGACGUAAAACGGAAUCGAUGAUAAAUUGAGCGCACAACAGCCGGUAGAUCAAUUCACUCAUACUUCAACACGCUCUGAUAGUUGGGAUCAGUACGCAAACGAAACUCAUAAAGCUUUCAUCACUGAAAGGACUAAUAGGUGUUCAUAAAGAAACCAAGGACUACCAGUUGUUGAGAACAGAUUUAUGGCACAUGGUCGAACUAUGUCGUCUAAAGUAAGCAGACUUUUUCAGAAAUGGCCGUGCUUCGGAGGCAAGACAGUUCGAGAGGAAGUCGAAGGAAAUAGUCUCAAACGAAACCAGCCCAAAAUUAUCAUCACAGAAUGUAAGAGCRUCGAAUCUACGCCAAACAUCUCACGCAAGAGCAGCAGCAGUAGUAGUAACUCCUCCUCGGCACCAUACGAUGAGAUAGAAACUGAAGUCAAGAUUAAAACAGAUGGUAAAGAACACGAGAUGGGGAUGAAAGUUCUCUUGAAGACAAGAGACUGUAAUGGAGAUCAGGUGGACGGAGUCGAAAAGGAGACUACGUCCAUGAUAUCUGUCAAGGAUAUCAAGAUAGGUUCAUUUGCGCACGGUUUUGGCAUCAGAAAAGGAGAUAUAGUUUCUAAAAUCAAUGGCAAGAGAUGCGGCAAUGGAGAAGAAAUGAAGGGCGCUUUUCUUCAUAAAAGCAGCGAUCAGCUAGAGAUGGAAAUUGUUCGAAAGGAACGAAAUGAAAAAACAGGAAUAAUACAACUCAUCAAAAUGGUUCUCAGCAAUACACGACGUAUUGGAGGGCAAACGGUAAAUGAACUAGAAAUAAUUGAAAUGGGGUCCAGCUGGAGUCUGAGCAACAACGAAACGUAUAUCCAUGACGAGGACCAGACAGUUGUGGCAGACUUUCAGUUUGCUAGUUUCGAUACUCCAUGGGUGGUCAGGGAUGGUACAAGACUUGUCUUGAAGUAUCAUCUCUCAACCACUGAAGAGGAACAAGCCAGAUUCAUCAUUCAUAAGUAUUGGUCAACGUUUAAUGACACAGGCAUCCCAGUAGUGAUACAGCACGCACAGUCUCGUCUUUGCAUUGCGCUUGACCACGAAUCCAUUUAUUUAGAGGAGGUAAAUGACUUAAGCACGAUUGAAGGUCAAACACCAUAUGUAUUCAAUAUGCAUACUGAGCUGGAGGAAGGUAAUGGAUGUAAUACGACAUUCCAGUCUCUCCUGGACAGAUCACUUUACAUUGGGUUCAAUGCUCUUGGUGAAAGGGCUCACAUGGAACCCAUUCAUGUGUUGCCAAGAAGCUCAGAUCGCCUUGGUAAUGAGCAUGAAAAAGUUGUAUUUAUCUUGACAUAUUCAAAAGUCUGAUAUCCAUCACCAGUACAGAUUAUAGUAAAGUCAGGAAAAUAGUUAGGGCAAGGGAACUCUACCAAGACACUUCACUGGCUUCCGUGUUGCACCAAUCAAAAUGCACCAAAAUGCAGAAGUAGUGCAACAGCCAAUUUAGUAGGCUCCAAAAAUACAUUCAGGUUACCAUGUCUUUUCUUAUUCAUAAUAAGUCUGCUCUAAAGUUGGUAUUCACUCGAGCCUGCAUAGGGGCUCUUCGGGAGGGGGGUUGGGGCGAGGAGGUGAGGAGGCAAGGAGGCGAGAAAGCAAGGAGGCAAUAAAUAGGCAUAUACACAAAAACCUAGGGGUUGCAAGCAGGCUCUCCUUUCCUUACCCUUUGUCCCACCCCCUAGUCCCAACCCUCUCCCCUUCCCCAAGAGCCACUGCGCAGACUAUAUUCACUCUCUUCUCAGUUAUAGCCUGACAGGCUAACAGGUUUGUUUUUCAGAAUUAACUAUUUCGUUUUAACAAAAUAUUUGAAAUAGAUGAGAAAAAUAAACAUAAAAAGUUGUUUUUAAGUCUUGAUAUCAUAGACCUUUCCCAAAGAUGUUUGGGUGACCACAAACAAUGGUUCCAAGUUGUUGUUAAACUUGAUGUGUUCAUUGAUUUGUAUUUUUUUCAAGUUCAACCUCGGCUUAGGGCCAUUGUUUCAUGGUCACUCGAGUGAAUUCAGGAAAGCUCUAUACCUCGCCUCAUGAAUUCAUAGCUUACUACAUUGUGGUUACAUAUAUCUUUUAUAAAAAUACAAUGUGUUCUCUAUUUUUUGUAGAUUUUUAGUCUACAUGUAACAGUACUGACUUGAUUGGAUUACAUUAGGUAGCAGUCAUGCAAUUACAAAAGUAAUUUGAUUUUUUCUGCUUUUCCUGUUGGAUCAAUCUCAUUAGAAAUUGUUGAUAAUAUUAGUUGGCAAAGAUUACUGUGCAGACACUCUAACACACAUUUUUUAAAGAUUUUCUGCCAUUUGAUUUGACAGGAUGGUGCCUAAAAAUGUUUGAUUCCUUUGUUUCUACCGAGAGCUUUCAUUGAAUAGUCAUAAAAAAAUGUCAAAAAAACCUUGAAGUUUUCAUGGUUCGAGUGUCCUGCACACUGUAAUUAUAGGAAGUGUCAUAAACACACACUUUGUUGUCAUGUGAUAAUAAAGUGAGAGUACACUGUGAUAUAGAUAUUUAUUAUAUGACCGUGAAUCUUAGAGCCUAGACACUAGCAAAUCGAGCAAUCUGAUUGGAUAGAUCGCAUCGCGGACUGGUCUAUAUUCUCUGGUAUUAACUGGUCCGAUCGCAUAUUAAUCAUACGGCGAAAACAUUUUGUCCUUUUCAAUGAAAAGUGGUCAUAUAAUAAAACUCUUAUCAACCGAGCUUGGUCGGUCUGUACGGGAUAAUCUUGACAUCGGUCGGGUACAAACCUUGGUCAAGAUUAUCCCAUACAGACCUCCUACUCUGUUAAUAAGAUCUAAAUAUCAUACACAAUAGUAUGUAGAUAUUUAAGUUUUUUUAAAGACUUGGUUACCAGUUUACUCAAAACUUGUAUGUGGGAUACUUAAUUCAUAAGUUCCAGUAAGAAGUAUGAAAAAAAAGUCAUUUAGCUCAUGUACUUUCAAUAUUAUUUUAACAUAUGAUAUUGUAAUACAAUAAGCARUUUCCUUAAAAGAAAAGGGAAAAUUGAUUUUUAUAUUAUUCAGUUGGUCCCUGAUCUCUUUAUCAAUAAGAGGUCACAAAUAUAUAGGGUUUUUAAGAUCAAAAACAAGAUGCAUUCUGGUCUAGCUACCAAAUGAGCCAUGGUGUUAGCCAAGAAUUUUGUACCCAAGCUAGACCAGAAUGCAUCUUGUUUGCUGGCUUUAUCAGAAAUAGCCUUAAGUAAUCAUAACCAAUAAAGUUGAUUCCACUUUUAACCAUAUUUUUAACCAAUCUUUAUGAAAUGUAGAUAUUAUUUAAUCCAAUUUAGUGGAACUAAACAUGUAAUUUUUCGUUACCUUGAAUAAAGACAAUAGUUUUUGAUGA